CUUGCUUUCGCUCCCACCUUCCUCUCUCUCUCCCUCCCUCCCUCCCUCUGUCUCUCUCUGUAACUCUCCAUACCUUAUAUAUUCGAGCGAAUCAAAACCUUUCGAGUCCCUCUCGCCGGCGAUGAACCCCCCUUAAUCCUCUGAGAAUUAGGGUUGGGGUUGGGAUUAGGGUUUUGGAUUGAGCCUGCGAGGAUGUCGCAGAACGGAAAGCUGAUGCCCAACCUCGAUCAGCACAGCACCAAGCUGCUCAACCUCACCGUCCUCCAGCGGAUCGAUCCCUACGUGGAGGAGAUCCUGAUGACCGCCGCCCAUGUCACCUUCUACGAAUUCAACAUCGAGCUCAACCAAUGGAGCCGCAAGGAUGUGGAAGGAUCGCUCUUUGUCGUCAAGAGGAAUACACAGCCUAGAUUUCAAUUCAUUGUCAUGAAUCGACGCAACACAGAUAACCUGGUGGAGGAUCUAUUGGGAGACUUCGAGUAUGAAGUCCAGGUUCCAUAUCUAUUGUAUCGAAAUGCAGCUCAGGAAGUUAAUGGAAUAUGGUUUUAUAACUCGCAAGACUGUGAAGCAAUUGCAAAUCUUUUUAGCAGGAUACUUAAUGCAUAUUCCAAAGUCCCUCCGAAGCCUAAAGUACCUGCGACCAAAAGUAGUGAGUUUGAGGAACUGGAAGCUGUUCCUAGUUUGUCUGUCAUUGAAGGUCCUCUAGAGCCACCAACAUCAUCUGCCGCCACACCAGUUCCAGAUGUUCCUGAUGAUUUGUUUGUGAACUUCUUCAGUGCAGCUAUGAAUAUUGGAAAUGUAUCAAAUGCAGCAAUUCCUGCACAACCACACCAACCUUCUGCACCUAUCCAUGUAUCUUCCCACACACCAAGUGUUACUCCAUCCCCAUUGCCAACAAUUCAGUCCACCCCUACUCUGCCAACUUCAUCCACUCCUGUGAUGCCCCUCCUUGAUGCAGCACAUGAAUCUAGCAGUGGCAGUAGCACUCAUGUUACAAAUCUUGUUAAACCUUCAUUUUUUUCACCUGCACCAUCUUCUUCUGCAUUGAUGAUGCCACCAAUUUCAUCUUCCAUUCCAACUGCCCCACCACUUCAUCCUCCUGGUACCAUGCAGCGGCCAUAUGGUACACCAUUACUUCAACCCUUUCCACCCCCUGCUCCACCUCCAUCACUCACCCCAUCGCCAAACUAUGACCCAGUUAUUACAAGAGACAAAGUCCAUGAUGCAUUGCUGAGGCUUGUGCAGAAUAACCAAUUCAUCGAUAUGGUGUACCAGGAGAUGCUGAAUGCUUUUUAUUCAUGAUAGGUGGUUGAGUGCUCUUUUGAUCAUGCAGCCUUUUAGUUAUGUGCUUUUAAAAUGGGCGGUUGUAAAUCAUCGUAGCUAGUCAUGGAAAUCUUUUGUACGUGAGUUUUUUCUUAUUUGCCAAUGGUAGGACUGAAAGGUGUGAUUUAGUUUAAGAAACUCUCUGAAUGUAAAAAUACAGCAAGUUUGUUUGCUACAUGGGAACCUCAAAAAUCAUGGAGUCCUGAACUGGCCAUCUAAAGUUUCUUACUCAACAGCAGCCAAUCUCGUGCUCGCAUGAGGGUACUUUAACUUCAUAAUUCUUGUAGUUCAUAGAAAGAUUUAGUGGCAAUAAAAAUAAUUUUAGUGCGUGAUGCUUUAUAACAAA